UGUCAUUAACUUCGCCACCCAUAAGAACUUAGUCUGGACCCUACCUUCCCAGAUUACGCGUUUACCCAUUUCAACCUUGAAAUCAACUUCGAUCAAGAGAUGUUCAUGAAGUUUCAUCAUCUUUAUUCACUUCGGGAUAAACUUGCAUAUAUCAUCCAUUUCCAGAACAUCCCACUGAACACAAACCAUCUUUGUUGAAGAAAAAGACCCAACUCUAUUAUAGUUUUCAAUGUCUUUUGCACUAUUUUUCCUUCUCUUUCUAAGUUUAUUACCAGACUCUGUUCUUUCUGAUCCUCGAGCUACCGAAGCAGCUCUAGUAUGUACCCCUAAUAACACUGCCUCAAUGGACCAACGAAGACCCUUUAUCACAAACUUCUUAGCGACCUUGGACGCUUUGAGCCCAUUGAUUGCUCGACAAAAAUACGCAGCUGUGAUUAAUGGGACUGGUAAUACCACGGUUUACACUUUUGGGGAGUGCAUGAAAGACCUUUCUCAGGACGAUUGUAAUCUCUGCUUUGCUCAGUGUAAGACCCAGAUCUUAAGGUGCUUACCCUUCCAAAGGGCCGUUCGUGGGGGUCGACUUUUCUAUGAUGGGUGUUAUCUAAGGUACGAUUCUUACAAUUUCUUCAAUGAAAGUUUAAGUAGGCAAGAUAGAACAGUUUGUUCUACCGGUGAUUUUAGUGGGAACCGGACGAUGUUUAGAGCUAAUGUUUUGAAGUUGGUGAGGAAUUUGAGCGUUGAAGCACCAAACAAUGAUGGGUAUUUUGUGGGGUCAAUGACUCGGGGGAAUACAAGUGUUUAUGGUUUGGCUCAGUGUUGGGAGUUUGUGACUGGAGCUGCUUGUGAAAAAUGUUUGGCUAGUUCUGUCCAAAACGUUAGUUCUUGUGCUCCCAAAGAAGAAGGGAGGAUCCUGAAUGCUGGCUGUUACUUAAGAUAUUCAACAAAAAAGUUCUAUGACAAUUCAACUAGUGCUUCAGGACAAGGAAAUGGUGGGAACCGCCCCUUGGCUGUUAUCUUGGCUGCAACAUCUGCUGGUUUGGCUCUUCUCUUCACUAUUGCCGCAGUGAUUUUCUUCUUAAGAAAAAGAGUACUGAGAAAGAGGCGAGAGAAGAAGCAACUAGGUGCUCUUUUGGACACUGUGAACAAGUCCAAACUGAAUAUUUCGUAUGAAGUUCUUGAAAAGGCCACCAAUUACUUUCAUGCCUCCAACAAGCUUGGACAAGGAGGAUCUGGUUCAGUUUAUAAGGGUGUUCUAACAGAUGGCAAGGUUGUUGCGGUAAAAAGGCUUUUCUUCAAUACAAGACAAUGGGUGGAUCAUUUCUUUAACGAAGUGAAUUUGAUAAGCGGAAUUCGACACAAAAAUCUUGUUGAGCUGUUGGGAUGCAGCAUUACAGGCCCUGAAAGCCUUCUUGUUUAUGAAUACGUACCAAAUCAAAGCCUUCAUGAUAACUUAUUUGGCGCUCUAAAGAAUGUUCGGCAACUAAGCUGGGAGUCAAGGUAUAAGAUCAUAUUGGGCAUAGCUGAGGGCCUGACCUAUCUUCAUGAAGAAUCAAACUUGAGAAUCAUUCACCGAGAUAUAAAACUAAGCAACAUUAUGCUUGAUGACGAUUUGACACCGAAAAUAGCUGACUUUGGAUUAGCUAGAUUAUUUCCAGAAGAUAAAACUCACAUUAGCACUGCCAUUGCUGGCACACUUGGUUACAUGGCUCCGGAGUACAUUGUUCGUGGCAAGUUGUCUGAGAAGGCAGAUGUUUAUAGUUUUGGAAUUCUGGUCAUUGAAGUAGUAUGUGGAAGAAGGAACAAUUCUUUUAAUCAAAACUCAAACUCUAUUCUACAGAUGGUUUGGAGCCAUUAUGGAACUGGCACACUAAGUGAAGUAGUUGAUCCAAGCCUAGGAGGCAAUUUUGAAGCUGAAGAGGCGUCUCGGUUACUCCAAAUCGGGCUACUUAGUGUACAAGCCUCUGCUGAGCUGCGACCAUCAAUGUCAGCUGUUGUGAAUCUUCUGACCGAAAAUCAUGAGAUUCCGCAGCCAACGCAACCGCCUUUUCUAAAUUCUGGUUCCACAGAGAUUGUCAGAAGCAUCCCUUCUAAUGAAGGCUACUCUUCUAAGCAUGAGUCUAACACACAGUCCUCAGGGAACAACAUGACAGAAAGCUGGGUUGAACCAAGAUGAGAUGAACAUUUUCUUUUCUUUGUGAAUCAGUUUGUAUAUUACUUCCACAUUCUAAACACACACGGCUCCAUUAUCAUUCACCAGAACUGAAGAUUUAGAUUUGAGCUUUAGCUUUGUAAAUAUUUUGAUUCUUCCUGAGUUCAUCUAAAUGAAAUGCCAUUUGAAGGUAAGCUGAUUCAAGCAACGUCACUAGUAGUUAAAAAGAGUCCCUAGCUAUCUCGCCAUGCAGCAUUUAUCAGAGUUUUGCCCAUAUUUUUUAGCCUGUAAAUUACUUGUAAAGAAGUACUCUUUUGGUAAAGAUUUGAGAAUAUGCUAAUAGUUAGUAUCAUUUUUAUUAUAAUGAAAAUGAGUGGUAUUAUUUAGAGUAAAUGCUGAAUUUAAAUGACAAAAUGGUGUGUCCUUCGUACCAAGUUUUCAUAAUGGUGUUA